CAACAUCAGCUUUGUUCUCCAGUUGAACGGCACAGAGACAAACAUCAGUGCACCAGAUGGAGAUGGACCAGUAGCUCACACAGUCUUAUAUCUCACUGCUGGAACUAAAUAUACAUUCAUACUCUACCAUGUGUUUAUGAAUGUUAGAAGCAGUGCUGUAAACAUCACCGUUGCUACUGCUCCUGAAAAUGCUAAAGGCUUUAGACCAUCAGCACAAGAUGAGACCAGCAUCACUCUGCAGUGGAAUAAAGUCAACAACAACACCAGCUUUGUUCUCCAGUUUAACGGCACAGAGACAUUCAUCAGUUCACCAGAUGGAGAUGGACCAGUAACUCACACAGUCUCAUCUCUCACUGCUGGAACUAGAUACACAUUUACUCUCUUCUCUGUGUUUGAGAACGUCAGAAGCAGUGGAGUCAGCAUUGCUGCAGUGACUGCUCCUGAAAAUGCUGAAGGCUUCAAGGCAUCAAAACAAGAUGAGACGAGCAUCACUCUGCAGUGGAAUAAAGUCAACAACAACAUCAGCUUUGUUCUCCAGUUUAACGGCACAGAGACAAACAUCAGUGAACCAGAUGGAGAUGGACCAGUGAACUAUACAGUCUCAUCUCUCACUGCUGGAACUAGAUAUACAUUUACUCUCUUCUCUGUGUUUGAGAACGUCAGAAGCAGUGGAGUUCAGCUCCCAGCUGUCACUGCCCCCCAAAAUGCAGAAGGCUUCAGAUCGUUGAGACAGGAUGAGACCAGUAUCACUCUACAGUGGGAUCCAGUCAAUAACAAUGUCAGCUUCAUCCUCCAAUAUAAUGGAACAGAGUUGAAUGUAGCGGCACCAACUGGGAAUGGAUCACUAGCUCUGACAGUCCCAUCUCUCAUUGCUGGAUCUAGAUACACAUUCACUCUCUUCUCUGUGUUUGAGAACGUCAGAAGCAGUGGAGUCAGCAUUGCUGCAGUGACUGCUCCUGAAAAUGCUGAAGGCUUCAAGGCAUCAAAACAAGAUGAGACGAGCAUCACUCUGCAGUGGAAUAAAGUCAACGUCAGCUUUUUUCUCCAGUUUAACGGCACAGAGACAAACAUCAGUGCACCAGAUGGAGAUGGACCAGUGAACUAUACAGUCUCAUCUCUCAUUGCUGGAACUAGAUACACAUUUACUCUCUUCUCUGUGUUUGAGAACGUCAGAAGCAGUGGAGUUCAGCUCCCAGCUGUCACUGCCCCUCAAAAUGCCGAAGGCUUCAUAUCGUUGAGACAGGAUGAGACCAGUAUCACUCUACAGUGGGAUCCAGUCAAUAACAAUGUCAGCUUCAUCCUCCGAUAUGAUGGAACAGAGUUGAAUGUAGCGGCACCAACUGGGAAUGGACCACUAGCUCUGACAGUCCCAUCUCUCACUGCUGGAUCUAGAUACACAUUCACUCUCUUCUCUGUGUUUGAGAACAUCAGAAGCAGUGGAGCCAGCAUUGCUGCAGUGACUGCUCCUGAAAAUGCUGAAGGCUUCAAGGCAUCAAAACAAGAUGAGACGAGCAUCACUCUGCAGUGGAAUAAAGUCGACAACAACAUCAGCUUUGUUCUCCAGUUGAACGGCACAGAGACAAACAUCAGUGCACCAGAUGGAGAUGGACCAGUAGCUCACACAGUCUUAUAUCUCACUGCUGGAACUAAAUAUACAUUCAUACUCUACCAUGUGUUUAUGAAUGUUAGAAGCAGUGCUGUAAACAUCACCGUUGCUACUGCUCCUGAAAAUGCUAAAGGCUUUAGACCAUCAGCACAAGAUGAGACCAGCAUCACUCUGCAGUGGAAUAAAGUCAACAACAACACCAGCUUUGUUCUCCAGUUUAACGGCACAGAGACAUUCAUCAGUUCACCAGAUGGAGAUGGACCAGUAACUCACACAGUCUCAUCUCUCACUGCUGGAACUAGAUACACAUUUACUCUCUUCUCUGUGUUUGAGAACGUCAGAAGCAGUGGAGUCAGCAUUGCUGCAGUGACUGCUCCUGAAAAUGCUGAAGGCUUCAAGGCAUCAAAACAAGAUGAGACCAGCAUCACUCUGCAGUGGAAUAAAGUCAACAACAACAUCAGCUUUGUUCUCCAGUUUAACGGCACAGAGACAAACAUCAGUGCACCAGAUGGAGAUGGACCAGUGAACUAUACAGUCUCAUCUCUCACUGCUGGAACUAGAUAUACAUUUACUCUCUUCUCUGUGUUUGAGAACGUCAGAAGCAGUGGAGUUCAGCUCCCAGCUGUUACUGCCCCCCAAAAUGCAGAAGGCUUCAGAUCGUUGAGACAGGAUGAGACCAGUAUCACUCUACAGUGGGAUCCAGUCAAUAACAAUGUCAGCUUCAUCCUCCAAUAUAAUGGAACAGAGUUGAAUGUAGCGGCACCAACUGGGAAUGGAUCACUAGCUCUGACAGUCCCAUCUCUCAUUGCUGGAUCUAGAUACACAUUCACUCUCUUCUCUGUGUUUGAGAACGUCAGAAGCAGUGGAGUCAGCAUUGCUGCAGUGACUGCUCCUGAAAAUGCUGAAGGCUUCAAGGCAUCAAAACAAGAUGAGACGAGCAUCACUCUGCAGUGGAAUAAAGUCAACGUCAGCUUUUUUCUCCAGUUUAACGGCACAGAGACAAACAUCAGUGCACCAGAUGGAGAUGGACCAGUGAACUAUACAGUCUCAUCUCUCAUUGCUGGAACUAGAUACACAUUUACUCUCUUCUCUGUGUUUGAGAACGUCAGAAGCAGUGGAGUUCAGCUCCCAGCUGUCACUGCCCCUCAAAAUGCCGAAGGCUUCAUAUCGUUGAGACAGGAUGAGACCAGUAUCACUCUACAGUGGGAUCCAGUCAAUAACAAUGUCAGCUUCAUCCUCCGAUAUGAUGGAACAGAGUUGAAUGUAGCGGCACCAACUGGGAAUGGACCACUAGCUCUGACAGUCCCAUCUCUCACUGCUGGAUCUAGAUACACAUUCACUCUCUUCUCUGUGUUUGAGAACAUCAGAAGCAGUGGAGCCAGCAUUGCUGCAGUGACUGCUCCUGAAAAUGCUGAAGGCUUCAGAGCAUCAAAACAAGAUGAGACCAGCAUCACUCUGCAGUGGAAUAAAGUCAACAACAACGUCAGCUUUGUUCUCCAGUUUAACGGCACAGAGACAAACAUCAGUGCACCAGAUGGAGAUGGACCAGUACCUCACACAGUCUUAUAUCUCACUGCUGGAACUAAAUAUACAUUCAUACUCUACCAUGUGUUUAUGAAUGUUAGAAGCAGUGCUGUAAACAUCACCGUUGCUACUGCUCCUGAAAAUGCUAAAGGCUUUAGACCAUCAGCACAAGAUGAGACCAGCAUCACUCUACAGUGGAAUAAAGUCAACAACAACACCAGCUUUGUUCUCCAGUUUAACGGCACAGAGACAUUCAUCAGUUCACCAGAUGGAGAUGGACCAGUAACUCACACAGUCUCAUCUCUCACUGCUGGAAGUAGAUACACAUUCACUCUCUUCUCUGUGUUUGAGAACGUCAGAAGCAGUGGAGUCAGCAUUGCUGCAGUGACUGCUCCUGAAAAUGCUGAAGGCUUUAGGGCAUCAAAACAAGAUGAGACCAGCAUCACUCUGCAUUGGAAUAAAGUCAACAACAACAUCAGCUUUGUUCUCCAGUUUAACGGCACAGAGACAAACAUCAGUGAACCAGAUGGAGAUGGACCAGUAACUCACACAGUCUCAUCUCUCACUGCUGGAACUAGAUACACAUUUACUCUCUUCUCUGUGUUUGAGAACGUCAGAAGCAGUGGAGUUCAGCUCCCAGCUGUCACUGCCCCUCAAAAUGCCGAAGGCUUCAUAUCGUUGAGACAGGAUGAGACCAGUAUCACUCUACAGUGGGAUCCAGUCAAUAACAAUGUCAGCUUCAUCCUCCGAUAUAAUGGAACAGAGUUGAAUGUAGCGGCACCAACUGGAAAUGGACCACUAGCUCUGACAGUCUCAUCUCUCACUGCUGGAUCUAGAUACACAUUCACUCUCUUCUCUGUGUUUGAGAACAUCAGAAGCAGUGGAGUCAGCAUUGCUGCAGUGACUGCUCCUGAAAAUGCUGAAGGCUUCAGAGCAUCAAAACAAGAUGAGACCAGCAUCACUCUGCAGUGGAAUAAAGUCAACAACAACAUCAGCUUUGUUCUCCAGUUGAACGGCACAGAGACAAACAUCAGUGCACCAGAUGGAGAUGGACCAGUAGCUCACACAGUCUUAUAUCUCACUGCUGGAACUAAAUAUACAUUCAUACUCUACCAUGUGUUUAUGAAUGUUAGAAGCAGUGCUGUAAACAUCACCAUUGCUACUGCUCCUGAAAAUGCUAAAGGCUUUAGACCAUUAGCACAAGAUAAGACCAGCAUCACUCUGCAGUGGAAUAAAGUCAACAACAACACCAGCUUUGUUCUCCAGUUUAACGGCACAGAGACAUUCAUCAGUUCACCAGAUGGAGAUGGACCAGUAACUCACACAGUCUCAUCUCUCACUGCUGGAAGUAGAUACACAUUUACUCUCUUCUCUGUGUUUGAGAGCAUCAGAAGCAGUGGAAUCAGCAUUGCUGCAGUGACUGCUCUUGAAAAUGCUGAAGGCUUUAGGGCAUCAAAACAAGAUGAGACCAGCAUCACUCUGCAGUGGAAUAAAGUCAACAACAACAUCAGCUUUGUUCUCCAGUUUAACGGCACAGAGACAAACAUCAGUGGACCAGAUGGAGAUGGACCAGUGAACUAUACAGUCUCAUCUCUCACUGCUGGAACUAGAUACACAUUUACUCUCUUCUCUGUGUUUGAGAACGUCAGAAGCAGUGGAGUUCAGCUCCCAGCUGUCACUGCCCCUCAAAAUGCAAAAGGCUUCAGAUCGUUGAGACAGGAUGAGACCAGUAUCACUCUACAGUGGGAUCCAGUCAAUAACAAUGUCAGCUUCAUCCUCCGAUAUAAUGGAACAGAGUUGAAUGUAGCGGCACCAACUGGAAAUGGAUCACUAGCUCUGACAGUCCCAUCUCUCAUUGCUGGAUCUAGAUACACAUUCACUCUUUUCUCUGUGUUUGAGAACAUCAGAAGCAGUGGAGUCAGCAUUGCUGCAGUGACUGCUCUUGAAAAUGCUGAAGGCUUUAGGGCAUCAAAACAAGAUGAGACCAGCAUCACUCUGCAGUGGAAUAAAGUCAACAACAACACCAGCUUUGUUCUCCAGUUUAACGACACAGAGACAUUAAUCAGUGAACCAGAUGGAGAUGGACCAGUAACUCACACAGUCUCAUCUCUCACUGCUGGAACUAGAUACACAUUUACUCUCUUCUCUGUGUUUGAGAACGUCAGAAGCAGUGGAGUCAGCAUUGCUGUGGUGACUGUUCCUCAAAAUACGGAAAACUUCAGAACAUCAGGACAAAAUGAAACUAGCAUCACUCUGCAGUGGAAUAAAAUCAACAACGUCGGCUUUGUUCUCCGGUUUAAUGGUAUAGAGAGAGACAUCAGUUCACCAGAUGGAGAUGGACCAGUAACAUACACAGUCUCAUCUCUCACUGCUGGAACUAGAUACACGUUUACUCUUUUCUCUGUGUUUGAGAACGUCAGAAGCAGUGGAGUCAGAAUCAUCACAGUCACUGCUCCUUCAAAUGCAAAAGGUUUCAGACCAUCAGCACAAAAUGAGACCAGUAUCACUCUGCAGUGGAAUAAAGUCAACAACACCACCAGUUUUGUUCUCCAGUUUAAUGGCACAGAAACAUUCAUCAGUUCACCAGAUGGAGAUGGACCAGUAACUCACACAGUCUCAUUACUCACUGCUCGUACAAACUACACAUUCACUCUCUUCUCUGUGUUUGAGAACGUCAGAAGCAGUGGAUUCAGCACCCUUGCAGCUACUGGUCCAAACUAUGUUUUGUCAGUGAACUUGAGGUUAAGGCGUCGCAGCACAAUGUCAGAAUCAGAGGUUGAAGAUGCUUUGGUAGAGCUCUUCAGAAAAUAUAAUUUGCCGCCACAGUUUUCAAUGAAAAUUGUUUCUUCAAAACCAUGAAACCACUGGAAAAGUAAAAUGACAGAGAAUUCAUCAUCAACAUUAUUGUGUUUCUUUUCCCUAAUAUAAAAUCUGAACUGGUUUAGAUUAUGUACAAAUUUUGAAAUUGAUGUAGCUUGUCAUUUACAGUUUUUCUCUGGUGGGACAUUUUUAAUUGUUUUUGUUAAUCACAACUUCACUUAAGAUCUUGUUGGAUUGUCAUAGGUCAAGUAUGUACAUAUGUUUUGUGAUUUUGUUGCCUUUAAAUAAAGUUUUGGGAAAUAUGAA